CCCAGGUCUGGACACAAUAAAAACGAGGCUUUGAAAGAAAAUGAGAAGCGUAGACCGCUCCUCUUGUUCAUUCUUCAUCUCUGUUAUUGUUGUUGUGAAAUUUUGGUCCCUCUCUCUGUCUUCGAUUGCUAAAUGUUUUGCUCACCUUCUGAUAUUAUUUUUGGGUCUUGUUCUUGUUCUCCUUCUUGCGGGAGUCAUUUGAUGAAUUUAUCAAAUUAAGCAUCUCGAUCAGUCGUUGUCCCAAUUUCGUCUACUCUUACUAUUAGUAAUAUAUUUCAGGGUGUAUCCUGAAGGUAUUGUGCCAUCAAAUGAGUGUCAAGAGUUUGGGCUAAGGAGAACUGCUUAUCCUGAUUUUAUCUUUUGGGGUACCAUUCAUGAUAGGGAAAAUGGUUGAGGGGCCUAAAUUUACUGGACUUAUGGGAGGAACCAACAACAAUGACGACAAUUACUAUGAUUUAACUCAACGGUUUUACCAAAAACUUGGUGAGGGCUCAAACAUGUCUAUUGACAGUUUACAGACGAGUAAUGCCGGUGGGUCUGUGUCCAUGUCAGUCGAAAACAGUAGUGUGGGUUCUAAUGAUUCUCUAACCCACAUUUUAAGCCACCCUGGUCUAAAGCCUGUGAACCACCAUAAUUACUCUGUCUCUGUGGGGCAGAGUGUGUUUCGUCCUGGUAAGGUUGGCCAUGCACUUAAUGAUGAUGCAUUAACACAAGCAUUGAUGGAUAGUCGGUACCCAACUGAGGGGUUGCAGAAUUAUGAUGAGUGGACUAUUGAUUUAAGAAAACUUAAUAUGGGUACAGCUUUUGCUCAAGGAGCUUUUGGGAAGUUGUACAGAGGUACAUAUAAUGGUGAGGAUGUUGCGAUUAAGAUAUUGGAAAGGCCAGAUAAUAUCCCAGAGAAGGCACAAGUUAUGGAGCAGCAGUUUCAGCAGGAAGUUAUGAUGCUUGCAACAUUGAAGCAUCCAAAUAUUGUGCGAUUUAUUGGGGCAUGUCGUAAGCCAAUGGUUUGGUGCAUUGUGACAGAGUAUGCAAAGGGAGGCUCAGUUCGACAGUUUCUAACAAGGAGGCAUAACCGUGCUGUGCCAUUGAAAUUGGCAGUUAAGCAGGCAUUGGAUGUUGCGAGAGGGAUGGCCUAUGUGCAUGGGCUUGGGUUUAUUCACAGGGAUUUGAAGUCAGAUAACCUUCUAAUAGCUGCUGAUAAAUCGAUAAAGAUCGUAGAUUUUGGUGUCGCACGAAUUGAGGUGCAGACUGAGGGCAUGACACCAGAGACGGGGACAUACCGUUGGAUGGCUCCGGCUAGAGAGAAGUUGCAAAAGCUCCCAGGAGGUUUUUUGGAAUUUAUAUGUUAUUGUUUGCAACAUCUUAUUGCACAGCACUGAGGUUGGACUGACAAGACAGUACUUAUGACUUGUCUAUCUAAAUUUAAAUGGUACUGUUCUAAAGAAGCUAAUUGCCGAGAAUUGGAAUCUACCUGUCAUAUGCAUAGGAACCAACCAGUUCGUGAGGGCGAAAAGAUCUCUCUCUCUCUCUCUCUCUCUCUCUCUUUUCAAGGCUUCAUUUUUCCUCUCUUUAUCAACUUUAAUGUUGUUUGCAGCCUUUACAUAAUUAUAUAGGGAGUCAUAGUGAUGUAUACAAACAGAUUGGUUAAGAGUUGUAUUUUGUUUUUAGUUUAAAGUUUGGAUAUAGACAAACAGAUAGGGUAAAAGUUGUAUUUUGUUCUUAGUUUAAAGUUGGGAGGUUACUAUUUUUGUUAUGUUAUGUUGAAGCAAGGGAGGAAGACAAAUAAGUGAAUCACUGUACUCAAGAAUGGCCUCCUCUUAAGUCUGCACAAAUAGCGAGGUUGGAUUGAAAUAUGUUUUACCAAGAAAUUUCCUAGCUUUAAACUGAAAAAUGUCUCUGAAGUUAUAUUUGGAUAGAGCAUUUGACAAUUUCUACAGCAUUUUAAAAUGAGGCAAUUCAAAGGGCAGCAAUUGAGAAUGUGUUUUUGGUCAACUAUUCCACAAAUUGGAAUAUUGUCCGUGGGUUAUCCAACUUAAACAGAACAUUGCCAUUUCUUCCUCAGAAAUCCCAACCAUCCUCCCAAUAGCUUCAAAUAUACCGAUUUUUUUUUCAAAAAAUUUGCUAGAAAAGGCUCAAUCUUGAAGUGAUUAGAGAGAUAUUUGAGUAGAAGUUGAAAACAGUGGCUACCAUCAACAGUUCUUUAGUGGCAAGAGAAAUUGCAUCUUGAAGCAUAGGAAGAGGAGAAAUCUCACCAGAAGGAGAGGAGAAAGGAUGAAAGGCAAGUGAAAAAUAUAAAAUUAGUUCUUGCUGGUCUUGCUGGAAGUUGGAGAAGACAUUAAUGGCCAUGAAACAGUGAGAUCACUGAACAAAAAUUAACUUCGGGUGACAAAGCUUGAGUAUAUGAGAGUUUAUCUCUCCUUUCUCUGUUUUAGUAACUUGUUUUUUGUUGAAGGAAGAAAGUACUUUUAAAUAACACCUUUCUAGGCUUUGUUUUGAAGCAGGCAUUUGGAUCUGUGAAAUUCUGUUAUCUUUUUACCCACAUGAUGUUUACUUUUUAGCGUUUAAAAUGCUUCCUCGAAAUCCAGUCUUUCCAAACACAUUCUUAUGUAAAGUUGCAAACUGUUGACCACGAGUUUGAAGCAAAAUUAUGGUUGUUUCCCCAAUUAAAUGUGUAUUUGUAGAAUGUUUGAGAAUAGAAAUGGUAGGUUUAGCAUGGUGAAAGAUCUACAGAGAAUCAUAACAAGCUGUUAUUUAACACUUUUAAUCGGAAAUGUCUUAUUUGCAAUAUGGCUGCAUUGAUGAUCAGAAACCGUGAACUGGGAAAGAUGAGAAAAGAUCAUAGAUUUGUUAGACAUGAUACUUUGGGCUCUUUUAAGUAAAAUACUAUAUUUCUAGGAUUCGUCAAAUAAUUUUUGUAUGUCUAUGUGAAGAUGAUACUACAAAUGACCUUGUUUUCUUUUUGCCUUGGUUUGUUGAUUGUUUAGGGUGGGAAAUUUUGUGGAUGCGUUUGUAGAGGGCUAAGUUCUGACUGGUUUGAAGGAUACUAUUUUGAAUUGAUAAGUCACAGUUUCACAAUUCAACUUUGAUGUAAAUUGUGUAGUUUGAAUUCCUCUUUCUCGUGUGCUUGACUUAAUUUGCAUUGCUACAGUGAUUCCCCACCUUGAGAAAAAAUAGUUGAGAAAAUUGCAUCGCUUAGUCUUGUUACUCUCUUCUUGCCAUGUUACCUACAUUUAUCUAGUAGAAUUGCUUUCCUGUUUCAAAUGGAGUACUGGAAACUGAUUUGCAUCUUAUAUAUCAAUCAUAACUACAUGUUAGUGUUAGUUGCUGAAUUGGUUUUGGCAUUUAGUUUAUCAUUAGUUUUCACUGAGUUAUCUUUUACAUGAAACUGCAUUCAUUUGCUGAUCAGUUGACUUGGUAUCUGAAUUGUCUUUCUAUUAAGUAUUUUAUUCAAUUUGUUUAUUUAUGUUGGUAAUGCUGUUGGUUGU